CACACACACACACACACUUGAUGAAAGUGAUCUGGAUGUUUUAAUGUUUUGUGUUACUGUUUUUUGGGGAUUUUACACACAGCAGGUGGUAAAUUCACUGAAAUCAAAGUAAUCAUGAUUUCCUCAUUUUUAUAUGCUCAGUUUCACUGCUUGUUAUAAUGAUUCAUGUAAUAUUUAUCACUUAAAACAACAUUAAAACUCUUACAAAGAUUCAAAUGUAACCUGAUUAUUUACUGAAAGUCUUUAAGAUUAUUUGUUGUGUUCUGAAUUCAGAUUCAGUAAAAGACAGGGAUUCAUCAGUGUUGGUUGUCAUUUUUGAAAUUAGAGUAGGUUUGUGAAUAGUGUGUGUGUGUGUGUGUGUGUGCGUGUGUGUGUGGCGCCCCCUACUGUCUGUUCUUCCUUAGUGCUUUGUAGAGAACAUGCCUGUACUUGUUAGAACUAUAUUUGCCCAGACAUGUAACCUAAUGAGUCACACACUUUAAAACCCUGAGCUGUGUGUGUGUGUGUGUGUGUGUGUGUGUGUGUGUGUGUGUGUGUUCAGUCACAUGCACCAACACCUUCAGUCUGAUUUCCACUGAGCUGAUGUUAUUGAUGAUGUCAUCCAAGGUGCCUGGACAUGUGUUGAGGUCAGUGUGUAGUGUUAGUGUUGGUGGUGUUGGUUCUACUCGGAGGUGUUUGUUUGGUGCCGUGGAUCAUGAGGAGCUGCGGAGUGACUACACACUACUGAUGAGAGCAGAGCUGGAAGAAUCUUCACGCCGCUGGAACUUCAACUUCACCUCCGACAAACCAUGGGUGGGUGGAGACUUUGAGUGGGUGGGGGUUCCUGAGGCUCAGGUUCCUUUUAUAUACCAUGAAUGCACAGUAGGGGCAAAGUGUGGACCAAAGGGGGUGGAGCCACAGUCUGAUGUUAAGGACGAGGACAUGAAUAAAACACCUGAGCAAAAUAAACACAGUGCAGAGAAACACACACUGAAGAGGAAACAGACCAAUAUCACAGAUUUCUAUCAGGCUAAAAGAAGAGUCGUAACCACCAGGAAGUCAGGCCAGUGACCUGAGGACACACACGGACACACACACACACACACACACACACACACACACACACACACACACACACUACAACUCAGGGCUGUUUGAAGAGCUUCUGGACAGAACACUAACAUUUCUCAUUUAAUAAUUAUUUUAUUUUCUAGGUUUUAAACACUUGUGCAGUUCCUGUUAACCUGUUAAAGAUUAAAACACCGCUUUUGCCACACACACACAGCACAUUUACGUUUAUUUCAAAGGAAAAUGGAAUCUGCACUAAACUUAUAGCUGCUAUAAUUAUUUAUAGCAAUUUAUCUACAAUGUUUAUAACUGUAGGUCAUAUACAUGGUUUUAAGUGUUAAUGUUGUUGGAGUAUUAAAUACUUGUGAUAUAAACAGUGUGUGUGUGUGUGUGUGUGUGUGUGUGUGUGUGUGUGUGUGUGUGUGCAGAUUCAGAGAAUUGACUAUUUAUUUAUUACAUGAUGUGCAUUAUACGUGUGUUUAUAUAUUGGAAUAAAUAAAUUUGUAGGAUAAAAACAA